UUCCGGUGUCAGUUUUAAGCUCACGUUUUUCAUUUUUUGAUUUUUCUCCUGAAAACCAACGAAGCCUAAUUUAUAUUUGUGUUGUCCGAUCUGGACAGAUCCGCAGCAUGAAUCCUGUGUUUAGAAAGCUACCAUCUGUUCUGACACACGCGCUGGUCUUGGACAAAGCUGCUUCAUCAUGUCGGGCGCUGCCACGGACUCAACACGGCGUUUGGGGAGGAAGUGUUACCGUGGACACCAGGCAGUACAAGGGAAUGCCCACUCACACCAUCGGAAAGUGGAAAUAUCUGUUACCCAAAGAGGCACCUAAGAAGAAGAAGGACAAGCAGCAGAUGAAGCAGGUCGUCAUGGCGACGCAGACGGCGUACGGGACUCUGAACGUCAAAGUGUCUGGCUUCGACAUGACACUGGUGGAACACUACGCCCAGUACAUCCACCGCCUCUGUGACUGGCUCAGCGUCAGCGUCACAGAGAGUUAUGCUCUGCCGACCAAAACCACAGAAGUUUCGUUGAUGCAGGACCAGGGCACAAAGAUGUUCGUCGACGCCGUUUUAAAGACGCACAAGCGAGUCGUACAGGUGGACAGUCUGACGGCGUCUCUUUGUCCCGUUUUUCUUGACAUUCUUCUUAAAAAUCAGCCUGAGGGAGUUCAUCUGUCCAUCACAGAGCAUUCCGAGGCAGACUUCCAGGCUCGGUUCAAGGCCCGUCCGGAGCUCGAGGGGCUGAUGGCUCAGAUGGGGCACUGACCCAAAACCAUCAGAUGUUUGUACAGAAAGACUCUUAUAUUUGUGUCACAGUUUGAACUCAAGGAAAUAAACCGCAUUGUUCCAA